GCUUGGUUGGAGGGAUUGACGGCUUGGCAAGUAGGGCAAGAAUGGAUGUAGGCUUUGAUGUCAGCAAGGAGCGACGACCGGUACAGGUAACGGGAGAUAGUGUCAAAGGUUUUCUGGAAACCGAGGUGUCCAGCAGUCUUGGCGUUGUGGUGCUCAGCCAAGAAGUGGGUACGGAGACCGCGGACGGAAGGGAUGCAAAGGCUGCGGGUUCCUUUGGUGUCGAUGUAAAGAAGAUGGUCGAUGAGGGAGUAGUCAAGGAUAAUGUCAAGGUUGCGGAGUUUGGUGUAGGCAGGAGUGAAGUUGGGGCAGAAGGCGUAGCCAUGGAUGAAAUGAUGUUGAAGAGAUUGGGGGACAUUGACAUGAGUCAUUGCAGCAAAGACUUUCUCAAGGGGCUUGUGAUCGGGUCGGCGAGAGAGCGCAUCGGCAGCACGAUUGGUCUUGCCGGGAGUAUGGCAGAUGAUGAAUAUACUUGGCGAGAAAGUCUAGCCAGCGGGCCGAUGAGGGGUAAUAUCCUUUUUGGUGAGGAUGCUGAAGACGACGGUGUUGCCGGUGCGAAUGGUGAAGUACUGGCCAUCGAGGUGAGACUCGAAGACAAGGAUGUUGUGGAGGUAGGUCACGACACAAACUUCGAGGAGAUCACAAAAGAUGUGGUUCAUGGUGGACUGGAAGGUCGCUGGGGCAUUUGUGAGGCUGAAAGGCAUCACAAGGAACUCGUAAUGCCCAAAGCGAGAGCGGAAGGCGGUCUUGUGGGUAUCUUCCUCGCGAAUACAGAUCUGGUGGAAGCCACUGCGAAGGUCAAUCUUGGUGAAGUAUUUGGCUCCGUAGAGGCGAUCAAGAAGUUCAUAUAUUCGGGGAGUGGAUACUUAUUCUUUAUCAUGAUCCAGUUCAAGGCGCGAUAGUCUGUGCACAUGCGGAGCUCCGAGGUGCCACUCUUUUUGACGAAGAGACAACUGGUUCCGAAGGGGGAUGAACUAGGCUUAAUAAAUCCUUUCUCAAGAG